AUUCCCAUAAUUAUGUGUUUGCAAUUUAAAUGUUGCGUCCGGGGGAAUAAACCUGCCCAAUGCGUCUCUUUAGCCAAUUCUGACGUUAGCAUUAGCUAUGGCUUUACUGCAUAGCUCCCAAAACCGGGCUGGGGCUGUUUUUGUAUCAGGGCUUUGUCUGUCAAAGUCUGUCGACUGACAAAAAUAUGUAUAUGGUAAUAUGUUUGUAUUUUGUGUAAAAGGAGCAUGUGUUCCUUAACUGGUAGCAUAUUGUCAGUGAACACAACGCUAAACCACCGGCUAUCCAUUCUAACUCCAAUUUAGCAUUAGCUUGCCACAAAGGGAGCUAGCCGAGUUGAAAUGAUGCAAGAAAUUGAAGCAACAAGUUUAACAAACAGCUCGAACGGACACUGUUCGUGGAGGAUGUCUUCAGCAUUACUUUUCAACCAGGACAGUGUCAUACGCUUCAAGAAAAGAAAAGCCCGUUUCACUUUUGGCGAAGUCCACAUCCUUUUGGAUGAAGUGCGGAAACAUCGCUCUGUGGUUGUGGGUAAAUUCAACCGUGGCGUGCCAACGGAAGUAAAGAAGCGCACCUGGGCUGAAAUUACGGCCCGUGUCAAUGAGAUUGGCGAGUGCCAACGGGAGGUCAUUGAGGUCAUUAAGAAAUGGUCUGACCUGAAGUGCGACACCAAGCGGAAGGUGGCUGCCAUGCGGUCAGGGAAAGUUCCAAACCGGGGUCACAACUCACGUCUCUCGAAAGACCUGAAUCAAACGGAGAAAAUAGUGCACCAGAUCCUGGAGAUGGAUCACGAAGACGAGAUCAGCGGUGACUUUGGACCCUUGGGCGAUGACGACGACAUGCCAGAGGAAGAGGACAUGGAUGAUGAGGACAUGGUUGGAAUGCAGGGAUCUCCCAAUGGAGACGCAUCACAACCUGCGUUUGAUGUGCAGUUUGAAAUACCCACCACAGACGAAUGGGACGACGACGCUAAAGACGACCUGCUGCCUUCGGCUCAUGCAAACAAACUGGCAGGGGACCACCAAAGAAACAACGGCCUCCAGCGACAAGGACAACCUCACGUUCCAACAUCAACACCCUUGCACCCGACAUCGGGUCAGUCCUCUACGAACGCACGGGAAAGCAUGCUACAAAACGCAUCCCUCAGCCUCCAGGAGCAGCACGCCACUAACAUCUUGCUGGAAACGGUUUCCCGCUCCCUGGAGCUGCUGUCUGAGUCGGUGCAGCAACUGGCAGAGACUCAGCAGGAGUUUGUACGCGAGUCCCUGCAGCUCCAACGGGAGACUGUUCAGGUUCUUCGAGACUUCACCGGCGGCGCCAUCACCCUCAUGCAUGACAAGCUGAACGGGCGGCCGGCGGUAUAGCAUGAAGACAGUAAAAAAAAAAAAAAAAAAAAAGACUUGACUUUAUGUGGUAGUCAGCCACAGAAACAUUUCCUUUGGAUUUUACACUGGUUGCUGUUUUUGACAGUACUCGACAUUUUACGUGGUUCUGCUUUAAAAAAAAAUCGUAUGGGUAGAGAGAAAUUGUGUCUGAUGGGUGCAAGUUUUUUUUUGUUUUUUUAAUUUUUUGCUACUGAGAGUGAAACCUAGUCACUGCAUAAAGCAUGCACCACUUUUUAUAACCACCUUUACAUCAUUCAAUUGCUGACAUUCGAUUUUGCAGUGACUCAGUUUUGUGUUUUUGUUCCCUUCCGUCUGUGUCUACAUAGAGCAGGGGUGUCCAAAGUGUGGCUAGUUUGCCUAAAAAAACAAACAAACAAAAAUCGAUAUAUACUAUCAGAUGUUAAUGCCACACAUUACAUUUGAGGUACUAAAAUAAGUGAGCUAUUAUGUCUUAUUAUUGCUUAUCCUGUCUACUAUAUUAGGUAAUACUGGUAUAAAGAUGACUAUAGGGGUGUUAUUUCAUCUUUACAGGGCUCUAACAGUGUUAACAAAACAGGUUUUUUAUGCUUCAGCUAUGAAAUUAUUCAAUUUAUUAAUAUUGAAUCCAGGCUGCACGGUGAAAAAAAAAACGAAAUGAUGCCCAAAAACCAGGCCCGAUUGUUUCUGGACGCUGGGUUUCAUUGUUGUUAUAAUGAAAAAAAAACAAUGAUUAAUUUUUUGGGGGGCUGCACGGUGGUCGAGUGGUUAGCGCACAGGCCUCACAGCUAGGAGACCCGAGUUCAAUUCCACCCUCGGCCAUCUCUGUGUGGAGUUUGCAUGUUCUCCCCGUGCAUGCGUGGGUUUUCUCCGGGUACUCCGGUUUCCUCCCACAUUCCAAAAACAUGCUAGGUUAAUUGGUGACUCCAAAUUGUCCAUAGGUAUGAAUGUGAGUGUGAAUGGUUGUUUGUCUAUAUGUGCCCUGUGAUUGGCUGGCUGGCGACCAGUCCAGGGUGUACCCCGCCUCUCGCCCGAAGAUAGCUGGGAUAGGCUCCAGCACCCUCCGAUCAGAUGUUACAUUUGGUAUACGACCCUCGCUGGAAAACGUUUGGACACCCCUGGUGUAGAGUAUCAUUGAACCAUCACUGUAACCUUGAGUAGUCUUUUGCAAAUGACCAUUAUAUGGUCCCUAUAUAUAGCUAUAUAUAGUAUAGCUUUCAUAUAUAUAUAUAUAUAUAUAUAUAUAUAUAUAUAUAUA